GUCAACGCUUCCGGCCGCGCCCGGGGCUGAGCGGCAGAAGGGGCCGGGAGCGAACCGGGAACCAAACAGGAACGGGCCGGGAACAAACCGGGAGCGGGCCGGGAGCCGGAGGAAGAGGCAGGAUGGAGGGCACCCCCGUGCUGCUGGAGUCCAAGUCCUCCCCCAUCAACCUGCUGAACGAGAUGCAGCAGCUGCGGCUGCUGGGCCUCCUGUGCGACGUGACGGUCAGCGUGGAGUACCAGGGCGUGCGCGCCGAGUUCCCGGCGCACAAGGCCGUGCUGGCCGCCACCAGCAAGUUCUUCAAGGACGUUUUCCUCAACGAGAAGCCCGUGGACGGGCCCUGCAGCAGCGUGUUCCUCAACGAGGUGCAGGUGGCGGAUUUCGCCUCCUUCCUGGAGUUCGUGUACACGGCGCGCGUGGAGGUGGAGGAGGACAGGGUGCAGCGCAUGCUGGAGAUCGCCGAGAAGCUCAAGUGCCUGGAUCUCUCCGAGACCUGCUUCCAGCUCAAGAAGCAGAUGCUGGAGUCCGUGCUGCUGGAGCUGCAGUGCUUCUCGGAGUCGCAGAAUUCCGAGGAGGAGGAGGAGAGGGGCGCCGCGCUCCAGCGAGAGCCCCCAGGUUCUCCUGAGGGCAAGGAAGGACAAGGGAGAGCCGAGGAGAAGGCGGACAAGAAGAAGGAGGCGCCCGAGGCUCCUUACACCAAGAUCCGCAGGGCGAGCGGGCGGCUGGCGGGCAGGAAGGUGUUCGUGGAGAUCCCCAAGAAGAAAUACACGCGCACGCUGCGCGAGCAGGAGGAGGAGAAGCGGCCCGAGGGCGAGCAGAGCCCUGGCAAACCCGAGGGGAUCACGGUGAAGGAGGAGGACAGAAAGCGGCGCAGCGGCGGCGCUGGCGGCGGCGCCUCCUUCAAGUGCGGCACAUGCCAGAAGGAAUUCCUGUACGAGAAGAGCUUCCUGAAGCACGUGCAGCAGAGCCACGGCGCGGCGCCGCCCGAGUUCCGCUGCGAGACGUGCGCGCAGACCUUCGCCAACCGCUGCAACCUGCGCAGCCACCAGCAGCACGUGCACAGCAGCGAGCGGCGCUUCCCCUGCGAGCUCUGCGCCAAGCGCUUCAAGCGCGGCAAGGACGUGCGGCGCCACGUGCUGCAGGUGCACGAGGGCGGCGGCGAGCGCCACCAGUGCCUCCAGUGCGGCAAGGGGCUCAGCUCGCGCACCGCGCUGCGCCUGCACGAGAGGACGCACACCGGGCACAAGCCCUACGGCUGCCCCCAGUGCCAGGCCAAGUUCUCGCAGCCCUCGGCGCUCAAGACGCACAUGAGGAUCCACACGGGGGAGAAGCCCUUUGUGUGUGACCAGUGUGGGGCCCGCUUCACCCAGAACCACAUGCUCAUCUACCACCGGCGCUGCCACACAGGGGAAAGGCCCUUCAUGUGUGAGACCUGUGGGAAGAGCUUUGCCUCCAAGGAAUACUUGAAGCACCACAACCGGAUCCACACGGGAUGCAAGCCCUUCAAGUGCGAGGUUUGCUUCCGGACCUUUGCCCAGCGGAAUUCCCUGUACCAGCACAUCAAAGUGCACACAGGGGAGCGGCCGUACUGCUGUGACCAGUGUGGGAAGCAGUUCACGCAGCUGAACGCGCUGCAGCGGCACCACCGCAUCCACACGGGCGAGAAACCCUUCAUGUGCAACGCCUGCGGCCGCACCUUCACCGACAAAUCCACCCUGCGCCGCCACACCUCGAUCCACGACAAAAACACCCCCUGGAAAUCCUUCCUGGUCAUCGUGGAAGGAGCCGCCAAGAACGACGCGGAGGGGCACAAAAUGGAGCUUCCCGACGAGGAAUACCAGGUGUCCCCCAAAAUCCCAGAAAAGCUGCUGUCCUUCCCAGAGAGCAGCCCCUACCAGAGCCUGGUAGCAGUCCCAGGAGCUGGGAAUUCCAGCAUGGACUGUAAGGCCUCUGGAGUGCAGGAAGCCCUGCUGGGGGAGCUGGCCAUGCUCCACGCGCAGACGGACUCGGGCCAGCCCCAGCUCCAUGCCCUGGUGAACAUGAAUAAUUUGGGAUUGCCUCCUGCUCCUGAGGCUGCACCCCUGGGACAGUCCUAGGCCUGAGGGAGGCUGCUGGUGGGAAGCUGGGAAGGAAUUCCUUCCCCAGGGUAGCACCACUCCAGGGAAUUUUUGGGAGCUCACAGUUUGUGGGGGUGGCUCAGGUACCUUGGUGGUGCAGGUUUGUUUUCCAGGGAAUUCAAUGCCACACGGACAAUCAGGAGAAGCCACGUUUCUCCAUGACAUUUGCUGCGUUUUCCCCAGUGGAAUUUUCAUCCAGGAAAGGUCUGGCUAAAUUUGCUUUUCAGUAAUUGUUGGUUUUUCUCUGCUUUUGCCAAAGAUCCCAAAGAGUGGGAGCAGCUUUGGAGUUCCAAUCCAGGAGUUUUGCAAAAAGGGGGCAGGUGGCAGCCAAGUGCUACUUCCUUGGUUUUACAAUUCCAUGGAAACUGAAUCCUGUCCUCACCUUCCAGCUGCUCCAGCUCCCAUGGAAUUGGGCACUUAGGAGACCAAAACAUCUCCUGGAAUAAAGUCUGGAAAAGGAGCUGUGUUGGGAAAGGCUCAGUGCAGAGGCUUCUCCUGCUCCAGUUUAGGAUUUGGGGAAUUUCCCCAGGGCAGGGAAGGAGCCUUGGAAUGUUGUCCAGCUGGGCUGACUCCUGGUUUUUCCACAACAGCAACUCAGUGCUAUGGUUUAAUGCUUCAAACCUCGGGAUGGGCUUCCCAGUGUAAAAUCCCACAGCUUUUUCCAUUCCUUUGCCUGUCCCUGCAGCAUUCCCACAGCAAUUCCUCAGCUGGAGCUGUGAGCAGAGCCGCUC